AUAUAGAAUUGAGUAAUGGCUAUGAUAUAGGCACACAAGGCAAAUGGUUGGGUGAGCAGGAGGGACCACGGACACCUGGCCCACCGGGAGUUUUCCUGGAAUUCCUGUUGGCCAGUCCGACACGGCACCAGGGUACCUGUAUGGUAGAUUCUGAGUUCACAGGGUAAUCUGUGAGCUGGUACUACUUCCAUCAUGAAUGAGACAGAUUCCAAUUUUUCCUGCUACGACCCCUCCAUUGUGGAGUACCGCUAUUUUGGUGUGACGUGGGGAAUUGUGGUGUCUCUGGUGGGGACUAUUGGAAAUGUGCUGACAGUGCUUGCUUAUGCUCUGGAUAAAAAGCUCCAGACACGGUUUAAUCUGCUGAUCGUCAACCUGUCUUUAGCGGAUAUCCUCUACUGCACAUUCCUGCAACCCUUCUCAGUAGAUUCAUACCUCCACCUGUACUGGAGAAGUGGCACCACCUUCUGCAGAGUCUUUGGAAUGCUGCUGUUUGUCUCCAACUCGGUGUCCAUCCUGAACUUGUGCCUCAUUGCCGUCAGCCGUUAUAUUCUUAUUGCCAACAACAAACUUUUUGAUAAAAUCUUCUGUAGACUUGGAGUAUCACUUAUCCUUCUUGGUACUUGGGUAAUUGGGUUUGCUAGCUUUGCCCCAUUGUGGUAUGUCUUUGUAUUAGUUCCAAAAGUGUGUACCUGCAGCUUCCACCGUAUAAAAGGAAGGCCAUACACAACAAUUUUAAUGGCAUUUUACUUUGUUAUUGGCCUUAGCUGUGUUGGGGUCUUCUACUUCCUUAUUCACCGCAAAGUGAAAUCAGCUGCUCAGGCUCUGGACCAGUAUAAACUUAAAACGAAAAACACAACAAAGGAGAAUGUUUCUGGCAUUAACUCAACAGAUGUGGGAAAAUAUCAAGAUAUGGACAGUGGUGUGGACACAGCAGUCUCCAGUGAGGUCAUUUCGGAACACCUUCCAUCCAACAAGAGUACUUCCCAAAGUGCAGUUACUUCUCACGCCAACGAUAAUGAAAAACUUGAGCGAAGGACAUUGCCUCAACCCAAGGACUCAGGUUCUGAUUUUAAAAAGGUCACUCGAAUGUGUUUUGUGGUCUUUAUUUUCUUUGUUGUCAGCUACAUUCCUUUCUUAUUACUCAAUAUUUUUGAUGCCAAAAACAGUGCACCCCAAAUGCUUCACAUGAUAGCUGCAAACCUUACCUGGCUAAACAGUUGCAUUAAUCCCAUACUUUACGCAGCAAUGAAUCGACAAUUCCGUGAUGCUUACAAGAGGGUUAUCUCUUUGGCUCUUGGCAAAAUAAGGAGGGACUAAAAGAAAGAGACUUUACAAGGCCCUGACUUUCUGUUUUUCAACAGGUUAUUGGGUUGGUUGUAGUUGAGGAUGACUGGCUCAUCUCAACAAUCUUUCAGCUCUACCUCUUCACAAAAGCUUUAACUCAAAGGUCCCCAACCUUUUUUACCCAUGGGCAACAUUUAAAUAUAGAAAAAGUUGCAAUGCAGGUAGCAAUGCAAGCAUGAAAAAAAGUUCCUAGGGGGUGACCAGUAAGGGCUAUAAUUGGUUAUUUGGCUGCCCAGUGUGGACUGGCAGACUACAGGAGGCUCUGUCUGGAAGUACGCAUGGUUUUUAUGCAAGUAAAACCUGCCAAGUCAGAAAUUCAAAAAUAAGCACCUGCUUUGAGACCACUGGGAGCAACAUCCAAGGGGUUGGGGAGCAACAUGCUACUCACGAGCCACUGGUUGGGGAUCACUGCUAAUAUAGUAUUUAUGUAAGUGAUGUCAGCCUUCCUGUGUUCCCUUGGGUGUGAGACACAUGCAAUCACUCUCCCCAAUUUAUUAUGCUAAUGUAAAAAGAUGCUGUAAGAUAAAGACUACUACACCUUUUCUAAGUCUGUAUUAAUUAUACUUUGUAAAUACUGCACUUGUUUUAUAAUAAAUAUUUAUAUUAUUUUAACAUAA